AUGUGGGAGACCCUCAGGCAGCGGUUUGCUGCCUCCUCUCUCCUCCUGGCGCUUCUGGCGUCCGUCAGUGCUGCUGCUGCAGCGGUGGAUGCAGCAGCAGCUGCAACAUGGCCCCCAACAAAGCUUGGGGGCGCAGCGAAUGACCCGUUGCCUUUGGGCAACCGCAUGCAGACCAUUGGCCAACACUCGCAUGACCCAAACUUUCAGGAGCACCAGCAGCAGCUGGGGCAGCUGCAGCAGCAGCAACCAUCGAAUGGACUCAGCAGCAACGCGAUUUCCGCUCAGAACUUCUUGCACGUUAACCAGCAGGAAGGACCUGCUGAUGCUGCAGGUUUGCCUGUAGCAGCAGCAGGUGCACAAGAUCCAGCAGCAGCAGCAGCAGCAGCGACCCAAGUGCCACCUGCAAACACAGCAGCAGCACCAGCAGCUCCAGUAGAUGCUGCUGCUUCGCCGCUGUCUGCUGUGCCCGCCGCUGCUGCUGGAAAUGCAGCAGCAGCCCAACCAGCAGCAGAAGCAGCACCAGUAACACAAGGACCGCUGCAAAUGCCAGUAUCUCCAGCACAAGACUUGGCGCCACCCCCUCCACCACCUCCCCCAGCACCGGCAGCAGUACCAGCAGCAGUACCAGCAGCAGUACCAGCAGCAGCACCAGCAGCAGCACCAGCAGCAGCAGCGCCGGCAGCAGCAGCAACAGCACCAGUAGAAGCAGCAGCAGCAGUACCAGUAGCAGCACCAGCAGCAGCACCAGCAGCAGAGUCAGCUGCUCCUGCUGAAGCUUGGCGUCAGCCUACUGUCUUAACUGCAACAGAUGUGCGCAUGCCAAGACUGGCGCCUGAAUUACCUGCAGCAACAGUGACCCCUGUUGCUGCUGCAGCUCCUGCAGAAACAGCAGCAGCACCAACAGCAACUGUGCCAACGGCAGCAGUCCCACUCCCAGCAGAAGCUGCUGUAGGGGCGGAUGAUGCGGCAGCAGCCGAAGCAGCAGCAGCAGAAGCAGCGGCAGCAGAAGCAGCAGCUGCACAAGCAGCGGCAGCAGGAGCAGGAGCAGCAGUUGGUCCCACGGGGAAGACGCUGAUCCUCAAGCACAUCGGGACACACUACGAUUCUGAUGUCUGCCUUGAUGACUGUUCAUGUUGGCCUGUUUGGACUUUGAGUAUUUUGGUGUUUUGUUUUUACACUGUCAUUACAUUCAUCGCUUUCUACAUGACAGCCGCUCUAUACUCGCAGGGCUUAGUGGCAUCUAACUUCUACCGUGGCGGUGGCAACUGGUUGUUGGUUGCUGGUGGUAUUGGGUUAGUGGUUGGUGGCUUGGUGGGUGGUUUGGUGCCUCCUUCCUGCUGGGCAGGUGCCCUCUAUCUAGGGGGUUCUCUGAUGAGUUUAUUAGUAGCAACGGUGCUUGUAGGGCGACGCGGGGCCUGGUUAGGGGCCCUUGGGGGCCUCGGUAGUGGCGCAGUUAUUGGUGUAUUUACUUACCCUAGUCUGGGAGUUGCUGGGAUCGUCGCCUCCACAGUUGUGGGGCUUCUAUUGGGGAUCGUCCUUGGCUUCGCUCCCAUCUUCAGAGGUCUUAAGAUUAAUGAACGUUACAUCUGUGCUGGUCUACGCUCCCGUGCAUCUACCAGCGCCCGCGCAGAUGAAGGCAGCAGAAGCUACGAAAGCAGCCACGGCGUCGCCAGCAGCCCGAUGAGCUCACGGCGACACAGGGCUGUCCCUAAGUUGAUGCACGGUACGCAGCGCUAUUCGCAAAUGGGUCACACCUCUGAGAACGAGGGCAGCACUCGUAGGAAUACAGAGGAGGCCUUAAAUGGCUCUGAUGAGGCAGCUCCUUGA